GGGCUUGGAUUCACAUACAUUAGAGAUUUGAUAUGCCGAUUCUCAUUUCUUUGCUUCCUGUGUCAUCUUCAUACUUCAUAUUUACUACCGACAAUAAACUGCGCCUAUCUCAUCUUCGUUGCUUCGCCUCAGACUUUUCCCAAGUCUCACUAGGUACCUACCUACAACACUAUCUAUCUACAUGAUUGAAAUUCUACCGGUGAAUGUUCAUGAGCUGGUACUUUCAAUCCAUUACUCUGAUUGCAUAAAUAAAUCAAAGGUUUCGUGUACGAAAAAAGAUUGAUUGUUUGCUUGCUUGCUUGUUAUUUCGAAGGAUCUAUCUGUUGUAGUCGCAUCACAUCAAAGCGGAGAUACUCGAAUUCAGGUGAAUCUGUUUGUUCUAUUUGUUGUCUCUUUUGUCCUGUGGCCUCAAUUCAUAUGCUCAAUUUGGAUACACAAGAAGCUCAUACCCGUCGUAGGAUCAAUAAGAAAACAAACAAAUAUCAGCUUUUUAUUCCUUCCAAGCUUAUUUACUUUGUGUAUCUUUCUCUUCUGGAAGCUUAGCCUCGCCCUAUUUCUCUCAAUUCAGAACCGUGGGGGCCAAAACACCAAAAAAAGCAAAUUCGAAGACGCAUUUAUCUUCACUUGUUAUCCACUUUCAAAUUCUAGAUAUCAUGGCAUCCGAUAAUUUAUCAUACUCGACUAUGGACCCUCCUUUCUUUCAAGAGAAUAGAUCAAAUCCUCAAUCUUUUCGUCAUGAGGAUUUGAUGGAUAUUGAAAAUUCUUGGAUGGAGAAUAUUGAUCCUCUUCUUCGUCAAGCUCAAAUUGUCUCUCCAGAUUUCGAUUAUCAACAAGACCUACCACAACAACCUUUGCAAAGAUUUAUCACAGAGCAAGGAAGAGCUUUCUUCACUACUGAUGCAACAAUGGCUCACUUCGAUAACUUUUCCCGACCGUUACCUAGAGCAUUCGAACCCGUUGGUGUAUUCCCUCAAGAUUCUCGAACAAGAAUGAUAUCACCAUCUCCAUCCCAAGGAUUAUCUUCCAGUUGCAGUAGUGCCCGAAGUCCAGGUACCGAAACGGAUUGGUAUCAUGAUGGACUCUAUUCAUCUCAAGGUCAAAAAGAUUAUAAUCUUCCCCUGACAAGUCACGCAACACCUGCCCAAAUGUUCACAAAUAUAUGGACUCAAUCACACACACAACCACUGCAGCCUGUUGGAUAUCCUUGUGUUAAUCUUAGCGAUGUUCAAGCAUUUGCUGAUCCGCAAGAUGUCAAAUUCGAAGUCGAUGAAUCAUAUACCAUUAUGGAUAUGCCUACCGAUUAUGCAAUUCAAACCUCGGAGUCUGGUACUCAUAAAUUAGCUUCUCAUAUAUCACAUUACAGAGAUGAGGGAUUGGGAGCUUCGAUUCGAGAUGCUGCAUCUCCUCGAGCAGUUUCUACUAAGGCUUCUAAUAAUGAUAAUACAUCUACGACUUCUGAUGCUGAUGCUGAUGCUGAUGUUGAUGCAGAAGGCGAAGUAGAUGUUGAUGUUGAUACCAAUGUGGAAAUGAAUAACGAAGCAGAAAUUGAUCCGGAAUUACUUCCCUCAGACAUUGAAGAAGAAGCAGAAGAAGAAGAAGAACCAUCCGAUACCGAAUACACUCCACGUCCCUCAACCCGCAACCCACGUAAACGCAACCGUACCAACAAAUCCAUCCCUCCCUCACACACAAAACGCAACCGCAUCUCCAAACCCCUCUCUACCAGCAAAUCAUCCAAAAUCUCCCUCGGCAACCUCUCAUGUAAACAAUGUACCCAAACCGGUUUCAAAGACCCCAGCACCCUCCAACACCACAUCGCCUCAUCACACACCCGCGCCUUCAUCUGCGUCUUCGACUUCGCCGGCUGCAGCAGCACAUUCGCAUCGAAAAAUGAAUGGAAACGACACGUCUCAUCUCAACAUCUCAAUCUACAAGCAUGGGUAUGCACACUCGGAGCAUGCGGGAAAAUACCACUAUCUUCGCAUUCGAGCUCUAUGAGAAAAGUUCCUGGGAGAAAUAUCGAUAUCGAUAUGCAUGGAGGAGAGAAUGCGAAGAUGAAGAUGGUGCAGAGAGGAUAUGAGGUUAAAGGCGCGGAGUUUAAUCGUAAGGAUUUGUUUACCCAGCAUUUGCGGAGAAUGCAUGCCCCGUUUGAGGUGAAGAGGAAGGGGCAGAUUAAUAGGGAGUGGGAGGAGAGAAUGAGAGGUUUGCAGAGGAGUUGUGAGAAGGUUAGGAGGGAAGCGCCGAGUCGGUUGGGAUGUCCGGUUACGGGGUGUACGACGGCGUGGUUUGAGGGGAUUGCGUGUUGGGAUGAGAGGAUGGAACAUUUGGGGAAACAUUUGGAGAGGUUGGGUGGUGGAGGUGGUGGAGGUGGUGAGAGAAUGACAAUAGGAACCGAUUCCCGUAUAGAAACACACAAUCACUCAACUCAUGAUCAAUACCCUACCGAGAAAUCGACAACCAAUGAACCCGAACUCAAACCCAGACCCCAAAAAAUUAACCACCAAAAUGAUCCCCUCUUCCUUGAAUGGGCGGCACAGCAAAAGAUUAUCGAGAGAAGUCAUAAGGGGGAGUGGAAACUUUGUGCUGGGAUUACAAGGAACGGGAGUGCCAGUGCGAGUGGGAGUGGAUGGGGCAAGAAGAGAUGUGUUGUUAGUGCUAGGCAUGGUGGACAUGCUGGUGAACUAAAGGAGGUGGUUAAGCGGGGUUAUGAGAGUGUGCUUGGGGAGCUUGGUGGAGAAGGUGAGGAUGGAGAUGGGGAUGAAGAUGCGGAGGGGGAGGAUGAGGAUGGAUGAUGAGUGAUGAGUAAUGAAUCUGAUGUAUGGAAUGUACGGAAGGAAUGCCUAGAUAGGCCGAUAGUGUACCCCAGAUAUUUUAUAAAAGUUACAAAUUUAUAA